AUGGCGCGCAAAAAAGCUCGGGAUCACAAGCGGCAGACCAAGAUCAAUUUCUCGCCUGCUUCCCAGACAUCGCGUGCGACUAGGUCCUCCGCUACACCCAUGGCUAGCACAUCCCAGAAGCCACAAAAGCCGACCAAAGGCAGCACCAGUCGGGCGUCAAAGAAGGCAUAUCAGGACUCAACGAGCGAAGACGAGUUGGCACAAGAGACAGAGAGAGGCUUGCGCAUAGGCAUGUUCAAUGAUCGAAACAAUCACUCAAAUGGCCUUUCAAGCUCAGAAGAGGAACAGCAAGUUAAGAAGCAGCCCAAGUUAAAGUCCAAAAAGCGGCGACGCGAGACAACACUAAGCGAGUCUGAAGGCGAGGCAACUGUUGUAGUAAUACUACGCAAACGUCAGCGGCACGCUAUCAAAGUCGAAAUCGAGAGCUCAGAAGAAGACAAGAAGAGAAAGAAAAAGAAGGAGCAAGCCAAGUCAAAACCUACGCUAUGCAGCACUCAAAGAGGGGUCGCUAGAAAGGCUUCUACGCCAGACAAGGAGGAAGAAGAGGAAGAAGAGGAGCAUACCCCGCCUCGUAGUGUCAGGCGCAAGCUUAAAAGACGGAGACCCGCAUCUGACGAUGAAGAUGAAGACGAAGAUGAGAUAGACAGGGCCAACAAAGACUCUGCAUCAGAUGCGGAAGACUCGGAUGGUGCUGAUGAUACGAUGGAUAACGAAGAGCAAGAAGAACUCAAAGAAGACCUUGCAUUCUUACGAUCAUCUCCAGCUGCAGACAGUCGCAGGUCAACAAGCACAACGCUAAAGAACAAGCGACAAGAAGCUCUGGAAGCUCUGAAGAGACGAAGGGCUGGUGCGAACGAGGCUUCGUCUUCAGGAACACCUGUGCGGCGAAAAACAGUUGUCAUAGAUUCUGAGUCUGACUCCGAUUCAGAACUCGAGUUUAUCAAGGAAGAGGAUAACGAUGUAGAGGCUUCGGAUCAGGACGACAGCGAAGAUGAGAAAGAGACCAACGCCUUUGACAUGUUUCAAGAAGAUCAAGAUGAUGAGCAAUUUAUCGACGAUACAGAAAAUGUUAUCGGAGAACCCGCAGCAAAUGACGACUUGGACGAGCUGCGGCUGACCUUAAGCCUCUCCCGAGCAAAGACAAAGGACUUGUUUAGACAUGCUGUCGAGUGGAUGGUUAUGAAAAAGAUUCACCCUAGUUUCGAGGCAACCAAAAAUAUCUAUACAGUGACUUUCCGAAAACUCGACGACGAAGUCAAAGGCCUCGCGGGAUCAAAAUACACAUCAGCAGCCUGGACUACUGACUUUACCCGCGCUAUCCGCGCACGACCAGACCUGAUAAUUACCGACCUUAGUGCCAGCGAAAGAGCCGUAAUGUCUCCCCACUGCGAAGCCUGCAACCGCACCAACCACACCGCAAGCUCUGAGCUCCUCUUCCAAGGCAACCCGUACAACCCAGACACCCUCGAACCCAUCUCUACCGAUUCAGACUCAGAUUCUGACUCCGACUCCGAUUCCGACAGCUCCUCCUCCUCCUCUGCCCUCUCCACGGACUCGGAAACCCUCCCCAACGGCGAAAAGCCAACCUACAACUACCAAAAAGAGCGCAUACCCCCAGAGUCCCACCGCUUCCCCGUCGGCUCAACCUGCAAAGCCAACGCCCAGGUCGCACACACUUUGUAUCAUUGGCGCUACCAUCUCUACCAGUGGGUCAAAGAUUACUUAAAAGCAGAGGGCCAUUUCACCGAGAAGAAACUAGUAAAGAGAGAAGGCUGGAGUGACCGCAAGAGAGCAAAGGCUGCACACAAGAUUGUAAAGCGUAUGGAGGAAAAGGGCCAGAUUCGCGAGUUGUAUCAUUCGUACAAGAAUCAAAUUACUGCCGCCGUCGAGGCGGAUAAUCGGUUUGAGAAUGGGUGGGGGAGACGGGCGAGGUAAAGGGUUAUUAUGUU